UUUCUCUGCGGAAUCACCAUGGCGGCUGGGACCCUGUACACAUACCCUGAAAACUGGAGAGCCUUCAAGGCCCUCAUCGCUGCUCAGUACAGUGGGGCUCAGGUCCGCGUACUCUCCGCGCUACCCCACUUCCACUUCGGCCAAACCAACUGCACCCCUGAGUUUCUCAGAAAAUUUCCUGCUGGCAAGGUUCCAGCAUUUGAGGGUGAUGACGGAUUCUGUGUGCUUGAGAGCAAUGCCAUUGCCUAUUACGUAAGCAAUGAGGACCUGCGGGGAAGUACUCCAGAGGCAGCAGCUCAGGUGGUGCAGUGGGUGAGCUUUGCCGACAGUGACAUCGUCCCCCCAGCCAGCACCUGGGUGUUCCCCACCCUGGGCAUCAUGCACCACAACAAACAGGCCACUGAAAAUGCAAAAGAGGAGGUGAGGCGAAUCCUGGGGCUGCUGGACACUCACUUGAAGACAAGGACUUUUUUGGUGGGUGAGCGAGUGACGCUGGCUGACAUCACAGUUGUCUGCACCCUUCUGUGGCUCUACAAACAGGUUUUAGAGCCUUCUUUUCGCCAGACCUUCCCCAAUACCAACCGAUGGUUCCUUACCUGCAUUAACCAGCCCCAGUUCAGGGCAGUCUUGGGGGAGGUGAAGCUGUGUGAGAAGAUGGCCCAAUUUGAUGCUAAGAAGUUUGCAGAAAGCCAGCCUAAAAAAGAUACUCCAAGGAAAGAAAAGGGGCCCGAGGCCAAGGACCCCUUUGCUCACCUGCCCAAGAGUACCUUUGUGUUGGAUGAGUUUAAGCGAAAGUACUCCAAUGAGGACACGCUGUCUGUGGCACUGCCAUAUUUUUGGGAGCACUUUGAUAAGGAUGGCUGGUCCCUGUGGUAUGCUGAGUACCGCUUCCCUGAAGAGCUCACCCAGACCUUCAUGAGUUGCAACCUCAUCACUGGAAUGUUCCAGCGAUUGGACAAACUGAGGAAGAAUGCCUUUGCUAGUGUCAUCCUCUUUGGAACCAACAACAGUAGCUCCAUUUCUGGCGUUUGGGUCUUCCGAGGCCAAGAGCUUGCUUUUCCGCUGAGUCCAGAUUGGCAGGUGGACUACGAGUCGUAUACAUGGCGGAAACUGGAUCCUGGUAGCGAGGAGACCCAGACCCUGGUUCAAGAGUACUUUUCCUGGGAGGGGGCCUUCCAGCAUGUGGGCAAAGCCGUCAAUCAAGGCAAGAUCUUCAAGUGAACAUGUCUUGCCAUCGCCUAGCUGCCUGCACCUACCCUGCAAGGGAGAUGGGGGUCAUUAAAGGAAACUGAACAUUGAAAAAAA